ACGAGAACGGACGUGUGUUAAGCUGCGUACGAAACGCGCGCAGCUAUAGCAACGCAAAUCAAACGAACAUGUGCUUCAUCAGCGGCAGUUGUAGCGUUGGUGCCGCUGCAAAUAAACAAAUGGCAAUCGUGUUUUGAUUACAUUUUUCGGUGUGGUUGGAAACAGGCGCUAUAUGUGUGUUCGUUUGGAGAACAAUAGAGGACGGGACUAUUGUUUGCUGGUGUGAUUGUGAUAGUAAAUGUGGUCAGUAAGAAAAUCAAAUACUAGUGUAAUAGCCAAAUCCAGGAGGUGCAGACGCCGCUAGUUGGUUGUGAUUGGGAGAAAAGUGAGUGUAAAACCACGGAUUACCCAAUUUCAUCGCGUUCACAUAUAACCGGUGCAGUCAUAAUCCAAUAAUAAUCAAUCACCAAAUUGCUCUCGAUACGGCAAUUCAAAUUCUAUGACACUUUCAAAUGGGAUUUGGCUUUUGGGUUGUGUCGAACCCGUGAUUCGUGAGAGCAAAUGUUGAUCUCCUGCGGUAAAAGUGCUGAUUGUGUAUGUGCCGAACAAGAAAUAGUGUUUGAGCAUGAAAGCAACGAUCGCUGCGUGUUGUAAGCGGCCAGCUUAUUUGCUAUUAUUUGAAUUUUAUGGUGAUUUAUUGAUUGUGUGGUGAGUGUGGAGUGCGUCAAAUUUUUAGCCGGCAUUGUCGGACGCCAGUGAAGUGGGAAAUUAAAGGACCGAACCAGUAGAAGCAGCUGCAACAGGUGGAUCGUUUGUUCAGCAAUUAUCGACGCCUGGAUUCGAGACCAAAACUAGUGGAAUCGAGUAAUUCAACAACCAUGGGGCUAUUUGGAUGGAUUAAGAAAGACAUAAACCUUCACCGGCGACGUGCAAGCGCCCCUCCUCUUGGUAGUUUGAACAAGUCCGACUCAGGAGAUAGGGACUCGGCAUACGUCGAGGCGUUGUCCAAUUUCAACGAUUGGCGUGCGAGACAACGGCUGGCGAAGAUCCACGAGUGUUGUCCGCUGGAGUCGUCCAAUCUGCGCCGCAUUCCUGCCGUUAUUGAAGAGGUAGAAGAAACAGAGGGGGUAACUACGAGUGAUUUCAGCACAGAAGUGGAUAUAAAAAGCGAUGAACUCAAAGCCCUUAACAGGAAACUCGAGGCAUCAAAAAGUCCAAGAUACGUUAGGCAUCGUUUAGAUGUGGGAAUUCCAAAGAAGCCAAGAAGAUCAGUCGAUUUCCACCGAAACAUCAACAGGAUUUCGGAGAGUGUCGAAUGUAACCUGAAGAAUACCAAUGCUUCCGAGAGGCACUCGAUGCCAACGGUGUCGUUUUCAGUGCUGCCACGGAAGAGCAGAACUCGAUUCACGAAGCCUAACAACAGCAUCAUCUACGAGAACGAAGUGGAGGAAUUUGAACAGAUGCAUGUCAAAGACUCGCUCGGCGACAGCUACGUUGUACAAAGCCCUCCGAGUAGAUUCUUUAAGGAAAAUUCAAGUCCGUAUUCCAACACCAGUAUCGCGUGUCGCUCCAAUCCGGCGAUCGUAGCUACCAGCCCCAAAAAGCAAACUAAUUUGUAUCAGAAAUCCUCCCAAGGUCUCACCCGUUCUCGCAACUACAAAGACAAACGAGCACCGCCACCUCCGGUACCGUCAUCCGAGCUACCAACCAUUUUAGAUGAUCGCAGUCACAUCCUGGAGAACGGUUCCGAUUCUCCAUUCGCCGGUUCCUAUCGGGGAUACGAGGUCAACUCAUCGUCCAUUUACGACGAACGUGUAAUCUCCUCGCGUGCAUAUCGCGGCGACAUGAAGGUGCUUAACUCUUCGGUGCAGAGUGCCGCUAGUGAAGAACGCCGAAAGUCACCCUCCUAUCAGACCAUUGUCAACAAGCAUGGUGAACUAGUGGAUUAUGCACUGCCGUUCAGCGACUCCGCAGAUACGCAUUCGGAACUAAACUCGACCAAACACGCUGAACUUAUCCACGACAUAAAGGCCUGUGAGGAUGUUAUCACCGAGAAUUUCCAAUUUCUGAACAGUGAUUUACACCCGUCGGCAAUCGUGAUAGAUGAUAGUGGAAGCCUUAUCACCGAACCGAUUAGUGUGUUGAAACAACGAUCUCAAAUCGUCACCGAUCUCGAUCGGUCCAUCCAGAGUCAAGCCAAGAUCAAUGUAAAUCAAACUCAGCAUGAUGACGAGGUUGAACUGGUCAUCAACGAACCGCAGGAUAUUCUACUGGAGUUGGAUUCGUUGGAAAAAUGGAGCAAAAGUAUCCAAAUCUCGGAUGAAAUUCUGCAGAAGCAAUUCGCCGAGAAGGACAUUCUGGAGUACUUCCAACGAGCGUCUAGUCAGCUGGUGAUUUGUUGGCCAAAAGAGCUGCAUUAUCGGGUGGGUACUUUACGCAACAGCUUUGUGGCACCCCUCGAAUUCUCCUGCGGAGUUUUCCGCAACGCUCCGGUUACACUGCGCAAGUACUCCUUGAACGUGGACCGCAGCCUGUACUGUGCUGAAGAGGCCUGCAAAAAGGACUUCGAGCUGCUGAACCAAAUGAAACACUUUGCAGUCGCCUCUCUGAUGGCGGUUUGCUUCGACCCCAGUCUCAACCAAGCGACACUGAUCCUGGAACCGUUUGACUUCACCCUCUUCGACUACAUUCAUAAAAUGAAUAAACGCCUUUCGCUGGUGCACGCCAUUACGGUUGUCCAGCAGAUCUGCUCCGCCGUCUACUACCUCCAGGAGUGCGGCUAUAUCCACUCGAACAUAUCGAGCGGAAGUAUUCUGAUGCGCAAGCAUCCCUACACCGUUAAACUGACAUCGUUCGAGCUAACGACCGAGGCUUCCGAUGCGAUUCGGAAGGAAAUCGAAGACCGCUAUGGCAGUACAUCAUCCUCACGGAACUCCAUGACUUCCUCGCAGAACGAAGAACUGAAGAAAAUCACUGCCUUCUCGAGAUUGAUUAAAAACGAUGAACAGUUUCUUCGAGACAAAUAUCGCAAGCUAUCCAAAGAGGUGUCCGACAGUCGAAAGGCUCAACCGGGUACAAUGGGAGACAGUGGCGCGUAUGAUUGUCGAGCCAGCCGGUACUUGCCGUAUUGUAAGGAAUAUCGAGAAAAGUUUUCGCUAUUCUACUAUGUUGCCCCCGAGCUGCUGGUACCAAAGUCGAACUUUGUUUUCCCCGCCGUAUCAACCGAUGUGUACUCAUUGACGCUGCUUCUGUGGGAAAUCCUCAACGGAUAUGUUCCAUUCGUGGUAUACAGUCGCCUGGAGCUGGAGAAGCUGCAUGUAUCGUCCGAUCUGCAGCUGCCCAUGUUCGAGAAAGAACGCUGUCGACGCUUCCAACGUCUUUUCGAAACCGGUCUGGCGAGUCUUAGCGAGCGGAAGCUAAGCGUCACCGACAUCAUCGACACGUUGGACAGUGUGCUGUUGGAACUGCGGUCGGAUAAAAGCGUACUAAUGAAUGGUUUCGGUGAGGAUUACGAAGAAUGGCAAAACAUUUCAGAAGUGAAGAAGAAGAAUGAGUUAAAUGACAUACGAAAGCAGAAUGCCUUGGAAAAGACGGAUAAAAUAUACUUCCAACCGAGUGGUACGGAAAAUACGUCAAAAUCGAGUAAGGAAUCUACCAUCAACGAUGCUGAAAUCUCUGCCCCCACGCAGAUCAAGCAACAGCCGAAGAAACCUGCGCGUAAAAUCAUCAAAACAAAACCUGAGCAGAACCAGGCAGACGAAUCGAAGACAAGAAAGUCUCCCUUCAACUCGACCUUCAAUCUCUCCAAUUCGGCUAUCUAUCAGUCCAUCUUUGACUUCAACAACAAGUUCCUGUCCCCUCGUUCAGCGAAACAGGGUGUCUACGAACGAACCAGCACCAUCAAAAAACAGAAGAAAAGCUCCAGGUCGAAUAAGAAAGCCGUCAAAGAACUGUUCGAACCGAUGUCCUCGUCAGAUGGUGGAGAAACUUUUUGCAAGUUGAGCAGCAGCGGCAGCUCUAAAACUGAUCUUCAAGAUAACGAAGAUGACCCACCCAAGUCGAAUGAGGAAUGUGCGGACGUAAUUGAACCAUUGGAUCGUAUGUGCAAGGAGAGCCCCGCCAGAAUGAACAUCAACAGCGAGAAAACAAAGUUCCUAAGAGAAAUCAUUGUAAACGAAGAUCAUGCAUUCGAUCGCUCCAAUGAGAUUAUUGAGCAAAGCGAAACAUCCAAGUCUUGUGACAGUUCGCCCGGUACGAGACGUAAGGGCUACCGGUCAAAAUUGUGCAAUUCUAUGCGCUUCGCUACCGGUGACAUCACACUGCCAGACACGCCAAUUGCCAGGAAAAACAAGAUCCGGAAGCAUGCCUGGCUUUCUGACCAGAAAUUGAUGAUUUCCGACGAGAACACAUCCACACCGGUGAGUCCACAAGGGAAACGAUCCUGCUCGCUGUUCAAUAAUCUAGCCUCACGGGAAUCUUCACGACAUUCGCCUUUGAAUUUCAACAUAUCAUCCUCGAUGCAGGAAAUCAAACCACAGAAAGUCAACAUCAGUGUCAAUAUCAUAAAGAGUCCAACCUUGGGAAAGCAACCCAAAGCUUACAGCGAGGAGUUCGACAAAACAUGUCCAGCGAUAGCCGACCUCGAUAUCGACAAGGUCACCUCAGAGGUUCCUAUUGAGAGAACUGAUUCCACCAACGACGUUUUUGAAGGCACCCUGUGGAAGAAAGAGAAGGAAAUUUGCGAACGUUCUCAGCUCCGUAACUCAACCUGCAACAUUAUCGAAGAUGAAGCGAAUAGCUCAGCCACUGUCAUAACAGCACAUUUAACGUCAGUUCGAGAUGCUAUCCGUAAGAUAGAAUCUUCCUUCGAAAACACGGGUUACAAUUACAGCCCAGUCAGAAAACUUGACAGCUCCAAGAAGUCAUCCGAUGGGAAAAAGAUUUCCGAGGAAUCGGUCGUUGUUGAAGAACAUCUGGUUAUUCCAACCAAGUUCCUGGAACUGGAGAGGACAGCCGAACUACAACCUUUAGCACAAGAUCACAACGAUUCGCAACCAAGGGAGUCGAUCACUCGUCUUGAUGUCGUUCUGGCUAACAACACAUCGAAGAAGAAGGAACAACUCAUGCAACAACAGCUGCCACAAAGUCAGCCACAAAUGGUCCUACCUGAGGCCACCGUAUUCAACCCGAAUUCCCAGCUGCUGAUGCGUCGACGAGCUUCCAACGCUAGUAGCGUCAUCCAACGAACGGUAUUUCGAGAAAGCAUUCUGUCAAGCUCGGAUCUCUCGGGAAUAGACGCAACUGACUCGGGCGCAACGCCAUCCGGAAGUUCCCGUAAGAAGAAGCUAACCACCCGGGUAACAGUGAACAUGAGAAAAAUCUCUCGGCGUGCUUCGGACAUCGGUGCUAGUCCGAUGUCAACCCGACCAAGUUCGCUUAAUCUGGAAGAUUAUCCGCCGGUUUCGGGCUGCCUAUCACCGGCUGGAACUGCAGCAACCGCACCACAGCGACAGUCUUGCGGAAGUGAUCUACUCAAGGCCAUCGCCAAGCUGCGUAUUGUGCAGAACAACGAGGACAAAGCAGCCGCCAGAUCGGGUGGCGCAGCUAUAAUCGAGGACCGGGCGGCAGUCACCGAGCGGAGAAGCUUGUGUACCCCGGUGAAGGGCGUCGGUACGCGCACCGAGAAGAUGGUAUGCUGUAACUGCGGUAGUUUGAUGGUACCCGCCGACAGUUUGAAUGUACCAGCCGGAAGUCGCAUCGGAAUGUCCGCAGCAUUUAGUGAGCUAAAUUUUCCCCGCGAAAGUCUAUCUUCAAUGUUCGAAGACAACAUGGGACUCGUUCAGCAUCAGCGCCACCAGUCCAUACCAGGAACGCCAAUGUCGCGACAGUCUGUCGUGAUUCCUAACGCAAAAUCAAUCGAGGAUCUGUACAUCGACGACGACUUUGGCCAGGGCUUGCAGCUAGGCGCCAACAUGGAACUGGUGGAGUUCAUCGACGACUUCCACUAUCUGGAUGAAUUUGGCUACGACAUCUACACGGAGGAGAUUUACGACACGGACGAGGGUAACAAACAGGACAAAGCAGGGGAAGAGAACAGGGAGAACACACCGGACGAGGAGCAGUUUCUUACCAAAUGCGCCGAUUUGAAUCCUACAAAUAUGGACACGAUUGGGUCAAUGUUUUCGCCGCGUCAGCCGAAAUUGGGAAUCCAGCAGAUCUGUUACGGUCAAGAUGAAACCGAUUCGGACGAGCCUAAACCAGAUUUUAUUUGAAUGGUUUUUUUUUAUACAUAUUUUGUUCCACUGAAUAUUACACUCAGUGAAUUUAUACUUUAACACAUAGGUUGUUUAACAACUGCUAUAUUUAAUAGUAUUUGAAGCAAACAGUAUUUAUAUAUUUUUUCGGUCCGAUAAACUGAAUAUGCAAUGCAACAAAAAAGACAUGGUGAUACACUAUUUUAUAAUCGUUAAACUUAUAAAAUAUUAGACAUUUCAAAUAAAACUAAAUCUAUUUAUUACACAAUCAACAGCAAA